AGCCCUUACUCGGAGGACGAUGAUAUGCUUGGAAUUGAGCCGCUCGAACUACAUUUUCCUUUCCAGCUGAACAAACAGAUGUCAUGCACCAUUCAGCUAACCAAUGAGACGGGAUCUUACAUUGCCUUCAACGUUGAACAUAUGAACCCCCUGUCAUACUGUGCACAGCCGCAGAAAGACAUUAUGCCACCAUGAUCCAAGUGUAAUGUCGAAAUAACAAUGCAAUCGCAGGCCAAGGCACCGAGAGAUCAUACCAGCGAAUUCACUGUAUGGAGCACCAAAGUGAAUGAUGGCCUUGCCAUUGAGGACAUGGAUAUAAUCAAGUUCAUUAAAGAAGCGGUCAACGUGGUUGAUGAGGUGAAUUUGGACGUGGUUUUUGAAGCAAGAAGCAAGAAGCAAGUGACAAUCCAACCUUUACUACAGAUUACAGAUUAUGCAGUCGGUGUGAUAUAUUGUGUGGAUGCACAUCAGACAGAGCCAUUGAUUAUAACCGGUCACCCAUUUGGUGAUGUUCAGAUUUGGAACUCUGACACGCAGGCAAGUUACCUCUACUGCUUCUUCUGCUAGUAUUUGGGAUAAGGAAAGAAAAUUACGGCAGCUUGCCGUUUGCAUCAGAAAGAUGCUCGUGGCCCAAGCAUUUAGUCCAUAAGUACAUAUACAAAUUCUGUUGAUUUCCAAAUAGCAGGAGAAGUCUAUGUUUGGUGAUGGUCGAUGGGAGGCGUACCAUAAUGUUGAACUUUUUGCCCACAGCCAAGAAAACACCACACCAUAUUGGAAAAUGUUUUGCCUACUUUUUUUCCGGUCAUAGUAUUCAAUUAAAUUACCAUGAUUAAAUGUAAAGGGUCAUCACCAAAAGCUCAAUUUUUGUUGGCAAAUAUACCAAUCUUUUCUUUACAUUGGACCAAUAAAUGACUCAUUUAUGUUUACUGGCAGAAAGUGGUCGCUUCGGUUAAG